AAACUUUUAUUUUCUUGAACCACCCCACCAACCCCACCUAUCUUUACUAUCCUUCGUAUCAUAUCCUCUUUUUAUCAAACUGCGUUAAUCCUAAAAGAAAACUUUUACUAAAAGUUUGAACAAUUCACGUAUAGUACACAAGGAAACAUCAACAUACCCUUAGAAUUAUUUUGGUUGAUCGAUCGCAUGCAGAAUCCUUCAAUUAGUUAAUUUUCCCCAUAGUAAAAAACUUUGAUUGAUUGACGAGUGAAAACUAAACAAUGAGAAAAGAUUGGGGAGAUUCACUGACGAAAGAGAGGUAACUUUUCAAACUUUCUAACGUUACCGUGACAUAUCAAAGGGGACUGCCAAAUAUUACUUUACCUCUGCCAUCGAGAAAGGAAUACUGUGUAUUCGCAUUGAAGCCAAUUACUUGUACAGUUGGUGACUUAAUCGAUAUGAUCAAAAAUGAAGAUCGUGGGAUUGAUCGAGCGAUCGUUACAACGAUAGAUGGUAUCCGGAUAGGUUCGAGCAACACGAUAGAGAAUCUCUUACAAAGUGAAUUUAAAUUAAUAAUAAACGAUAUGGAAUACAUCGUGCAACCUCCAUUACAUCAAAAACAUACGAUGGAAAGUAUGCAGAAGUUAUCGGACGUACAAAUAUUGGUUGGGCAACUUUAUGAGAGCUUACAAGUACGUGAAUAUCAUGCUGACAUGGAGAGACAAGUUCUAGCAGAGUUGGAAGAUAUCAAAUUGCAGUUGAAACCAUAUGAAGAGAAGCUGCAAGAGUUGGAAAAUGCCGCUAUCAGAAGAGCAAAUUUGAAUGCUUGGGUAGCGUUAGUGUUGAUGUCAAUACACGCUGGUAGUUUUGCGAGACUAACUUGGUGGGAAUAUUCUUGGGAUAUUAUGGAACCUAUUACUUAUUUCGUUACUUAUGGAACCGCUGUUGGUUGGUUUAUUUAUUUCCUUCUGACGCAGCAGGAAUACGUGCUGCAGGACGUAGUGAACAGGCGACGUUUGAUAGAACUUCACAAAAGAGCGAGGCAAAUCGGAUUGGAUAUAGAGGCGUAUAAUCGUUUGAAGGAUCGAGCAUACGAUUUGGAGGGUACAUUGAAAGUGAUUCGAGGACCUUUAUACGAACGAAGACUACAAAUGGAACAGAAGAAACGAAGUUACAGCUCUAGCAGUUCAAGAUCGCCUAGUUCCUCGCCUAGUCCUAGUCCUAGUCCUAGCCCUAGUCCACAAAGAGACGUUCCUAAAAUGGGAAUUAAAAUUGAAAAACAGGAAACAUCGAAGACACUCGAGUACGAUAAAUUUAGAUAAGUUAUCGUGAGUUACCAAUUUCAGUCAGAGUUAUUAAAAAGAAAAGAAACAGAAAAACAAACGUCAACGGUCAUUGUUAAUGAACUGAAUUCUAUAUUAAGAGGAAGAAAAAACAAAAAAAGAAGAGGAAGAAGAAAAGUUAAAAGAAACAAAAGAGAAAGGAAAAGAUAAAAUAUUCUUGAGUGAUAAUUAUUAUUAAUUAUUUAGGAUGAAUACCUCGAGGAAAUCGAAGCUGAGUACGAAGAUAUUUAAUAAUAUGUGACUACUACUUCUACUUUUCUUUUUAUCUUUUUUUUGUAAAUUAUUUGUUGUUUUCUUUUUUUUUAUUGAAAAUAGAAAAAAGAAAACUAAUAACUAAUACGACUGGUAGUAUCUUCGUCGCAGUCUUCCGACUAUGUCGUUAGAACAAUUAAUGACGUUCCUCAACUCAACGAUUUUAGUAUAUAUAUUAUUAAUUAUUAAUUAUUAUUAUAUGGAGAAGAAGGGCCUGCACAAUGGUCGAUACUGUCGGUUGUGAUAGGUUCGAAUGAAUAAUAAGAGUUAACGGGGAGAACGAAAUCUUACGCGAUUCGGUCUUCUUAUUUUCGUCUCGUGCGAAUUUUAUUAUUAAAAAUUUUUAAUCCGUCGACCGUCACUUUCUUCUUUCAAGAUGCAUCGAAACCUCUAUAGAGGAGAGGGGUGGAAAGAAGAUGGAAAAGGUAUAUAUAAAUGAAUUGUUAUUAUAGUUGAAAGACUCUUUUCAAUCUUUUAGCUUCUAAUUUUAACACGAAAGAAGAUAGACUUUUUAAUAUAAUUAUUAUUUAUUAAAAAUUCGUUGUAAAAUAUAGAUAAAAAUUCCUUUGACUUCGUAGGAUUAUCUUCAGACUACAAUUUAGUUAUAUUAUUCUUUAAAUGUUAAAUAACUUUAAUUUUUAAUUACCGUUGAUCGUUGAUUUCUAAUGAACCAUGAGGUAAUACAAAUUUCUACAAAGUGAAUCUCACAUACACUUAAGAAUCAUUUAAUUAAUUGUGCGUACGUAAUUAUUUAUAUUUUUUAUCAAAUGAUAGAUACAUUAUAUUUAUUUUUUCUGUUGUUUUCUUCUUCCCCGUUGAAUCGCUCUUACUAUAAGUUAAUAUUUUAUUGAUAGUAAUAAAUAAAAAAAAAGGAAAAGAAAAUAUUAAGAAAGAUAAAGAAAAGAAAAAAGAUAGAAGUGUUAAAUAUUAUACGAACUUGUUGAUAAUUACACGUGUACGCGUUAUUUUUAGACAGUAAGUGUUAAUGCUAGUAAUGGACGAUUUUGAUUAAGAAUAACCGGCUUCAUAUUGAUUAUAGAAAAAAAGAAAAAAAAAAGAAAAGAAAAAAAACGAAACAAAAAUCUUCGAUAUAAUUUUUAAUAUCUAAAUUAAUUCUAUAUUUACUUUUCUUUUUAUAUUAUUAGCCUAUACUAUUUAACUGUUAUCUCUACUAUGCCCAUUAACUAUCCUAUAGCAUUCUGGGAAUAUUUUUCAUGAAAGUAUCGUAUGUAUGACUAAACGUUGAAAGUAGAUUACUCUUAUAGGAAUCUCUGAAGGAACUUUUUCUCUCGCUUUCGUAAAAGUCUCCUCACAUUCUAUCUAUCCGUCCGUAAUCAUGAAGUUACUACCGUGAAAUACUCUUGGAUCACUUAUAUUAACGCUUCUCUCUUUCUCUCUCUCUCUCUCUCUCUCUCUCUCUCUCUCUUUCUUUCUUUCUUUCUCUAGUUUCGGAAAAAAAAGAAAAAAAAAAAACUAGAAAAUAAGACGGAAAUAAUUAUACCUCGUUGUACUUAUUUAACAGAGUAAUGUAUGUUACAAAUAAGAGUCCAGUCCUAUCCCCUCCCCACCCUUCAUUUUUGUGAUUAUUUAUUAUUCUCCUCAAUCGAAAGUAUGAAUCAUUUUCUCAAAACUUUUACCGCAAAUGCAAUACAAUUAUACUUUGAUAAAAUUUUUGCUCUUACUUUAAUUGACAAGCAAAACGACAGUAAUUUAAAAUUUACUUUAUUUUAUUUUUAUUUGUUUUUGUUUAUCUUAUUACAUUUUCCGAGACGAGAGUCGUAAAAUGAGUGAAUCACUUGCGAAUAAUUGAACAAUCGAUAACCGUGACGAAAAUCAUUCAUCUGUCAAACUGUUCUUUUAGAUCUUUCCUAAUUAUUCUAUCGCUAUUAAAAAAAAAAUAAUAAUAAUAAUAGUAAAUAAAUAAAUAGAUAAUCUAUA